AUGGGUUUCCUCUCACUAAAGAAGCCCGACGAUGAGGUCGGUGCAGCAUGGCCUUCCAUCAUGGUCGGUGCCUUUGCCGCCUUUGCUGGUAUCCUCUACGGAUAUGAUACUGGUACCAUCUCAGGUAUCCAAGAGAUGCCUUACUGGAUCGAACAAUUCAACGACCCUGCCGCCCACGGAAAGAUCUCCUUGAUCGUCUCUAUUCUCUCAGUCGGUACCUUUGUUGGUGCCCUGGCUGCUGGUCUCAUUGCCGACUGGACUGGUCGCAAGUGGGGUAUCAUUCUCUGUGCUGCCAUUCCUUUCAACCUCGGUGUCAUUCUUCAGGUCGCUUCUACCGAGCAGAGCAUGUUCAUCGCCGGUAGAUUCUUCGCUGGUCUCGGUGUCGGUCUCGUUUCCGUUCAAAUCCCCAUGUACCAGGCCGAGACUCUUCCCAAGUGGAUCCGUGGUUUCAUCAUUGGUUCCUACCAGCUGUGCAUCACCAUCGGUCUGCUUUUGGCCUCUUUGAUCAACUAUGCCACCAAGGACCGCAACGACAGUGGCGCAUACCGUAUCCCCCUGGCCAUCCAAUUCGCCUGGUCCCUGAUUCUGUGCAUUGGAAUGUGCAUGCUUCCCGAAACUCCUCGUUUCCUGAUCAAGAAGAACAAGCAGGAGAAGGCUAGAAAGUCUCUUCACUUCCUCCGCCGUCUUCCCGAAGACCACCCCGCCAUCACCGCCGAGCUUGCCGAAAUCACCGCCAACUACGAGUACGAGAUGUCUCUCGGAACCGCUUCAUACUUUGAGUGCUUCAAGGGCAACACCGGAAAGCGUACCUUCACUGGUAUUGCUCUCCAGUCUCUCCAGCAGCUUGUCGGUGUCAACUUCAUCUUCUACUACGGUACUUCAUACUUCAGCAGAAACGCUCCUGCCGACCCCUCGAUUCAAUGGCUGCCCAGUGCUUUCAUCCUCUCCGUCAUCACCAACGUUAUCAACGUCAUCUCGACCUUCCCUGGUCUCUGGGCCAUUGACCGCUUCGGUCGUCGCCCCGUUCUUCUUGCCGGUGCCCUCGGUAUGGGUAUCUCGCAGUACAUUGUUGCUGCUGCCGGUGUCGCCACCUCCCCCACCGACUACACCUCUGCAUGCGCCCAGUUCGCCUUCAUUUGCUUAUAUAUUUUCUUCUUCGCAUCGACAUUCGGUCCUGCCGCCUGGGUCGUCACUGGUGAGAUCUUCCCCUUGAAGGUCCGCGCCAAGUGUCUUUCCAUGACCACCGCCGCCAACUGGUUCUUCAACUGGUUGCUUGCCUUCAUCACUCCUUACCUCACCGAAGUCCAGUACGCCAACCUCGGCCCCAACAUCUUCUGGAUCUGGGGCGGCUUCUGCUGGAUUGCCGUUGUCUUCGUCUGGACCUUCAUCUACGAGACCAAGGAUCUUUCUCUCGAAGAGGUCAAUGAGCUGUACAACACCGUCGGCAAGGCUUGGAAGAGCAAGGCUUACCGUCCCAUGAUUAGCCAGAGGAAUGGCGAUUGGGACUCUGCUCGCACCAAGGCUGAGGCCGAGGGCAAGACUUCUGUUGCUCCUAGUGACGAGAUGCUUGAGAAGGCAUAG